AUGAACAUCAACAAGCCCUCGGACGCCCUUUAUGUGCUUCCGUUCGUUAAGCCUAAGCCGUAUGAUCCAAACGCUCCUCCGCGCGAACGCCGCCUGCGUGGCUUCAGCUGGUUGCCCAACAAGCUCAGGAAUCACUUCAUUGCCAUGAUUGGAGAAUUUACGGGAACCUUCCUUUUCCUCUUCUUCGCCUUCUCUGCUACCCAGGUCGCCAAUACUUCGGCCAUGGCAGCAGCCCAGAGCAAUAGUGGCGCAGCUUCGGCUCCAAACGUGGCUACCUUGCUCUACAUCAGCUUGGGAUUCGGCUUCUCCCUUGCCGUGAAUGCAUGGGUCUUCUUCCGCAUCAGUGGAGGGCUGUUCAACCCUGCGGUCACCCUGGGUAUGUGCUUGAUCGGCGCCGUCGGGUGGGUCCGUGGCGCUCUGGUGGUCUUAACGCAGAUCAUUGGAGCUAUUUGUGCUGCAGGCAUCGUCUCUUGCCUAUUCCCAGGGCCACUGGCUGUCCGUACAAGCCUUGGCGGUAGCACCUCCAUUGUCAGGGGUCUCUUCAUUGAGAUGUUCCUCACGGCACAGCUUGUCUUCACCAUUUUCAUGUUGGCGGCAGAGAAGCACAAGGGUACCUACCUAGCCCCGAUCGGUAUUGGUCUAUCGCUGUUCAUCGCCGAGCUUUCUGGUGUUUACUUUACCGGUGGCUCGCUCAACCCUGCACGUUCCUUUGGUCCUGACGUCAUUCUCCACACGUUUAACGGAUACCAUUGGAUCUACUGGGUCGGCCCGGCGCUCGGUUCCCUCUUGGCGGUCAGCUUCUACCGCCUGGUCAAGGUUCUCGAAUAUGAGACUGCCAACCCUGGUCAAGACUUCAACGAGAAGGAGGCUGAGGUCUUCCACCCGGAUGAGGACCCUGCCACUGCCGAUGAAGUGCGUCGUCCCAAUGUUGGUGGUAUGAACUAUGGCGAGGCCACGCUCGGUUAG